UGUUUUUUUGUUAUGGCUGUCUUGUGCGAAAGCGUCUGCGUUUGCUGUUUCUUUCCAAAAAUCAAUAAAAUUUUCAAUACGGUCGGUCAAUACCAGUCAAAGUGAGCAGUGUUCGUUUAUGCUUAGUAACAUGUAAUGAUUUCCACACGUAAUAAGAAUUUUGGUUAGGUGUAACGCACAACAUCACCAUGCAUCGCCGUGGCGGGAAACGUAUCCGGAUGGAUGAUCCUCCACCGGAGUACGUGAAUCCCAUGACCCCGGCUACUCCCAUGACUGACUACGGGGGGCAGUCUGUACAUGAGCCGGAGACGUCCCAUGUCAACUACUCAGGGUUCAACGUCGGGACGGUAGUGAACUCGACUGCCGUUGAGCCGCCGCGGGAGGAAGAAGAUUCUCAUCAUGAGGAAGAUGAUAUGCGGUCACCCUCCCCAGCGCCUACUAAGCGCGUCACAAGAAGCCGUGGGCGCGGUGGAGACGGAGGCUACGUAGGGCGGCUAGCGGAGUCGCCGCCGCCGCCGCCGCUGCGGCCCCGGCGGGGGCGCGGGGGCCGUGGUCGUGGCCGAGGGCGGGGCGCGCCGCCUCCGCCAUCUUAUUCACCUCCACCAAUGUUACUUCCUGGAGAUGAUGAAAACAGCCUAUACAAUAUACUUCGCUUCAAUAAGACUGCUAUCAACCAAGUGGUGGACUUGUGGAUUGAGCAGUACAAGAGCAACCGUGAGCAUGCACUGGUGCAGCUUAUGCAGUUCUUUAUCAACUCUUCUGGCUGUCGGGGGAAGGUGACUCCUGACAUGGCUCAGAUGGACCAUACUCUGAUCAUCAAGAAGAUGACCCAGGAGUUUGAUGAGGAAAGUGGAGAAUAUCCUCUAAUUAUGACAGGACAGACAUGGAAGAAGUUCCGGGCGAAUUUCUGCGAGUUCAUCCAGACACUGGUGAAGAUGUGCCAGUACUCCAUCAUCUAUGACCAGUAUCUCAUGGAUAACAUCAUCUCUUUGCUCACUGGCUUGUCUGAUUCACAAGUCAGAGCGUUCAGACACACUGCUACACUUGCAGUGAUGAAACUAAUGACGGCACUUGUGGACGUGGCUUUACUGACAUCUGUGAACUGCGACAACUGCUUACGUCAGUACGAGGCGGAGCGGCUCAAGGCGCGUGAUAAGCGAGCAAGCGAAAGGCUCGAGGUGCUUGUGGCAAAGCGACAGGAGUUAGAAGAAAACAUGGAGGAGAUUAAGAACAUGCUUUCGUACAUGUUCAAGUCCGUGUUCGUGCAUAGAUACAGAGACACAUUGCCGGACAUCAGAGCCAUCACGAUGGCUGAGAUAGGCAUCUGGAUGGAGAAAUUCCCUGCGCAUUUCCUCGACGAUCUCUAUCUCAAGUACAUUGGGUGGACUUUGCAUGACAAGGUGGGCGAAGUCCGUCUCCGCUGCCUCCAAGCCCUACAGCCCCUGUACGAGUGUGAAGAACUCAAGGGCAAGCUGGAGCUCUUUACCAGCAAGUUCAAAGAUCGCAUCGUCGCUAUGUCGCUCGACAAAGAAACAGACGUGGCCGUGCACGCCGUGCGACUUGUUAUAGCCAUUCUCAAGAUGCACCCGGACGUGCUGACCGACAAGGACUGCGAGAACGUGUACGAGCUGGUGUACUCGUCGAACCGCGCGGUGGCGGCGGCGGCGGGCGAGUUCCUGAACGUGCGCCUGUUCCGCGCCGAGCCGCCGCCCGACACGCCGCCGAGGUCGAGCCGCGGGAAAGAGCGCCUGCCCAAUACGCCGCUUAUAAGGGAUUUGGUGCAGUUCUUCAUUGAGUCUGAAUUACACGAGCACGGCGCGUACCUGGUAGACUCGUUGAUCGAGUCUAACCCGAUGAUGAAGGACUGGGAAUGCAUGACAGACCUACUGCUAGAAGAGCCCGGUCCCGGAGAAGAAGCCCUUGACAACCGGCAAGAGUCCUCACUAAUAGAACUGAUGGUUUGCUGUGUACGGCAGGCUGCUUCAGGCGAGCCUCCAGUCGGGCGCGGGGCGGCGCGCAAGCACUCGGCAGCGCCCAGCAAGGAGCAAGCCAAGGCCGUGGCGGACGACCGCGCGCGCCUCACGCAGCACUUCAUCGCCGUGCUGCCCGCGCUGCUCGACAAGUUCGGCGCCGACGCGGAGAAGCUGGCCAACUUGGUCGCUAUUCCUACGCACUUUGAGCGGUCGCUCUACUGCACGGCUAGACAGGAAACGGCGCUCCGCGAGCUGCUUGCACGUCUUAAGGACAUCGUGGGCGCACAGACCGAGGCCGAAGUCCUGGAGACCGCCGGCCGCACUCUCGAGUACCUCUGCGAGGCCGAAGGCGCCGCGGCCAGGCAGUGCGCCGUCGCCAGAGCGACCAUCACGGACAUGUGCGUCAACAGAUACAAGGAGGCUAUCGACGAGUACCGCUCGUUACAGCAAGGGGGUGAAGAGCCAGAUGCGGACGAGACGUUUAACGUAGUGAAUUCACUGCGCAAGGUGUCAAUUAUGUACAUGUGCCACGAUCUGAACAACACCAAUAUUUGGGACUCCCUCUUCGAAGAUCUACCCAAGUGCCUUAAGCCCAAUGAGAUGCCAGCUCAGGCGCUGGUGUACGUGGUGCGGUGUCUGUUCUACUCGGUGCUGUGGUCGCUGCACGAGCUGGAGGAGCGCGGCGCCGGGGCCGGGGCGGGGGGCAGCCGCGGCGCCGGGGCCGGGGCGGGGGGCAGCGUGGAGGCGGGCGCGGCGGCGCUGCGGGAGCGGCUGCACCAGUACGCCAGCCUGUGCAAGGACAUCGUGGCGAGGGGCGUCGAGCCGCAACUACGGGAGGAGGCGUACACAUCACUCUGCGACCUGCUGAUCUUCUUCGCGGAGCAGCUGGGCUCGCGCGGCUCGCCGGCGCUGCGCCCGCUAGUGUUGGAGCCCGACCCGGAGCUCUGCGACCUGCUCAACGACUUCAUACAGGAGUUCGUGUUCGUACAGCACAACUACGAUGGUCAAGACGAGAGACGAAUCGAGGAGUUGCACAAAAGGCGUAACUUCCUGGCGGCGUACUGCAAGCUGAUCGUGUAUAAUGUCACGCCAAUACGGAGAGCCGCCGACGUGUUCAAGCACUACAUUAAGUGCUACAACGACUACGGCGACAUAAUCAAGGCGACGCUGUCCAAGGCGCGCGAGAUUAACAAGCUGUCGUGCGCGCUCACCAUGCAGCUCGCCAUGCAGGCGCUCUACGCCACCAUGCUGCAGCGGCACGCCUCGCCGCAUCGGCAGCUCCCGGAGUUGUUGGAGCUCAAGGAGUUAGCGAAGCGUUUCUCGGUGAUGUUCGGUCUGGACGCAGUGAAGAACCGUGAAGCGCUAACAGCGCUGCACCGCGCCGGCGUGGCCUUCGCGGCGCUCGAGCCGCGGAACCUGCUGUUCCUGGAGCCCCUGGCCGAGCUGUCCAACAAGCUGCUGCGACAGGACAAGCGGCACGUGCUUAAGUUCCUGGACGCGAAGAUCUCUGCGGGCGCGGGGUGGGGCGAGGAGUGGGCGCCGCUGCAGACCUACCGCGGCUCGCUGCUCACCGACGCGCAGGACGAGCGCCCGCCUCCUGCGAGGAGGCAUUACACUAGGAAACACAGAGGACAAGACGCAGAAGAAGAGGGCGAUGAGAACAAUGAGUCUGACGGCGAGCAGGCCGGUCGCAAACGGCGCCGCCUGCGCCUGCCCGUCUCCCACCGGCGCACGAGUCUACCGCGCAUCCGCCGCGCCUCGCGCACCCCCACCACCGCUUCCACGCCCUCGCUCUCCAUCGACGAGGGCACGCCCCGCCACACGCCCACUCCCGUGCAUCGCAGCCGCCGACAGGCCCGACUCACCGACUUCCAACAAGAUAGCGAUACUUCUGUUUAUGAGAAUCCUUCGCCGACCAAGAGUGACACUUCUCGCAAGGAUACAAAUUCCGAAUUAGGCGGCGCAAAGAGAUCCACACCGGUAGACCAAAGAACUUCCCCGUCUAAAGAAAGCGACACGUCUCGUAAGGAUUCGUCAGACGGUCCAAUAAGGGGCGUAAAUGUUACGAAGAGAAUCAUCAGACAACAAGAAAGUGACACAUCCGAAGUUGACAAACGAACUUUACCCUCUAAAGGAGAGAGUGAUACAUCUCGCAAGGAUUCAACUUCGGAUACCAAAGAUGAGAAUAUUACAAAACGGUCUGUCCAGAGACCAAACAUUGCGACGGAACUUAAAAAACAUUCUUCUUCGAAGGAGAGCGAUAUUUCCCGUAAGAAGACUACUUCGGACACUAAUAAAGAUUCUAAUGUUUUUGAAGCCGAGAGGCAAGUAAGUGAUUCCUCCGAAGUAGUAGAAAAAGUUACAUUUUAUUCCGAUUACGAUGAGUCCCACAAUUCCAAUAGAACCAUUGAAAACAUAAACGUCACGAGACGCGGUCAAAACAGAUAUGCCGAUGCUUCUAAAUUCAAUAAGAACCUCAAUCCUACUCUGAAUGAAGACAGUGAGGAAUCACGAAGUGAUUCUGUUUCGGAUACGACCUUCAAAAACACUAAUGUUACAAUUCGCGGUCAGAAGAGGUAUACUGAAAAACACGUAAACGAUACAUUAAAAAAACGAAGCUCUACCAGCGACGAUUCACAAAACAAUUCUGUUUCGGAUACGGGCGUCAAACAUGAGAAUGUUACGAUUUGCAGACAGAUGUACGGUGAAAGACCAGAUGCGGGUAAACUUACAGAACGAAGUUCUAUACCCAGUGAGGAUUCACCAAACGGAUCUGUCUCGGAAGAGGCCGUUAGAACUACGAAUGUCACGAUUCGCGGCCAAAAAAGGGAAGAGAGACAAGAAGAUGACGAGCUCGUUAAAAAACUCAGUUCUAUGUUCAAUGAGGGGAGUGAUGCCUCGGAUACAAUCGCUAGAGGUCUGAAUGUCACCACUCGCGCUCCAAAGGCCACUGAGAAUGUGAAUUCGGCAGCAGAUGAAUCCAAUAUUGAGAAAAGUUUAUUAGUAGACGAAGACAUAAACCCCACAAUUUGUGCUCCUAAGCUCGCUUCUGACAAAGAGAACACUUCAGCAAACACGUCCACAUCUGAAGAUACACCAACUUCUCCAGAACGUACCUCUAAUAAAUUAGAUAUGGGGUCGUUAGCACCAAGAAAGCGUACGCAGGCGGGGGUAGUCGAAUAUAGGCGGAACGCGAACACUACCAGACCUGACGACUCAUCCACGUCUCCGGACCAGAGCGUUCGCAUAUUUGAUAAAAGCUUGGGAUCUUUGGCGCCAAGGCGUCAUCGAGGCGUGGUCGAAUAUCGACGAAAAAUUAGUUCUUCCGCGAAUACGACCAGGCUUGACCACUCACUAGAGUCUUCGAAAGAAAGCGAUGAUCAUGAACAAAAUAUAGCACCCUUGAGGCGACGUCGAGGCGUGGUCGAAUACAGACGAAAUGCAAACGCAACCACAAUAAACAGUUCACUAUUAUCUGAAAUUGAAGUUCAAAGCUCAGAACAAACCGUAGUAGGAGAGGUGUCACGUCGGGCUGGAGUAGUCGCUAGAGCAAAUGUCGAUCGGGAGUUACUCGAGUAUGAACAAGCAUUAAGGCCGCGGCGGGCUGGAGUGCAAUACAAGCGUGGUGGCAAUACUCCGGGCGUGGCUGUGAUGCCAAAACCUAAGCGUAUGCGUAUGGACAGCGACACGGACUCGCAGGACGAGAACGGAGGAGGCGGCACGAGUUGCGUACGCGCUGACGUGCAUCGUCCAUCAAGUCCGCAACGGAGCGGUGGCAGCCUGCCCAUGUCACUGACGCCGCCAGCUUCGGACCCCAACCAGGCACUAGAAUAACUCCUAUGAUUGCUCAAUUUGGCAUAUAGCUUAAAUUAGCUAGGUAUACGAAACUAUCCACAAUAUAAGUGCAUUGUGGACAAAUAUCAAAUGUAACAAAAGUUAAGACUAUUUGUUAUUAUAUUAUUUGUCUUAUGACUUGCUAAGAACUCAGGUCUUUAACUUUGAAGUUGUAAUUUUUGAGUGUUUGAUUUAUAAUGUUGUAUGUUAAAAGAAGGCAAGUCCUGUUAGUAAUUAAAGUAAACACUAUCAUCAAUUUUGAAAAUUAUAUUUGAACAAAAUAUACCAACUUAAAAUUGUAAGUGUAAGAGCUGCUCUCUGAGAUUAAUAUCAGAGAAUUGACUGAGAGAGGGGGGUUUGGAGGUUC